AUGAAUGAUGAAGGACGACCGUUGACGGAAGAAGAGAAGAAAGCACGAAAGAAAGCCGAACGUGAACGAAAACGUCAAGAAGCUCGAGAUGCGGCGGAGAAAAAGAAACGUUUCGCGUUAACACCUGAAAAGAAACGUAAAUUACGGCUGUUGAUUAUGAAAAUGGCCACAGAGAAUAUCAAAGAUGCGGCAGAUAAGCGUUCAACUGCUCGGAAAAAGUAUGUUGACGAACGUGUUAAACCAGCUCCGGAUGAUUACAAUGCGCUCAAUGAAGCUCAUCUUGUCUCAUUAGUCAAAGAACUUUACAAACAGUUGUCGGAUACCGAAGAGCAACGAUAUGAUAUGGAAAUGAAGAUUCGUAAACAAGAUUAUGAUAUUAACGAAUUAACAAUCAAAGUCAAUGAUGCGAAAGGAAAAUUUAUCAAGCCGACAUUGAAGAAAGUUUCUAAAGCAACGCAAAAAAUUCAAAAAUUACAAAAACCAAAAGAAGAAGAAAUCGAUUUUCGCGCUCAUCUUAAACAAUCAACGAAUAAAUUUGCUUUAAAAGAUGAACAUGAAGAUAAAGUCAAUUUCCGCGAUCAAGUUCAACUCAAAUCGUCCAAAGAACAUCAUCACGAAGAGGAAUAA